AGAUCUACUACAGCUAAGACUCAAGAGGUGCCACUUCAUUUUUUAAUGUGCUCAUGUUACGUGUGGAGGGUUUUUAACCAUACUGGGCUCCCACUAUGGUGCUGUGAUUCUGGGGUUUCGGAUACAGUGAUGGCAGGGAUAUGGUCAGAGGUCUGGACAUUGUACAUCAUACUGGCUCUUGGUACUCCAGACCCCUCACCAGCACCCCAAGAGAAACUCAAUGACUUCAGAAGAAUCUUAUUGGGUUUGGAUAAAUGCAACGCCUGCACUGGAACAUCCAUCUGCAAGAAGUUUUUCAAGGAUGAAAUAAGGUUUGAAAGAUGGCUGACUGCUCAGUCGAAUCUCUCCUCAGCAGAUGUGCGUUCAUAUCAGGGAAACUAUACAGACAGCACAGCGGGCUGGAGACCUGUGGUGGUGUCCCGCUUGAUGUCUCCACACCUGCAACAGAUAUCAGACAAUAGCAUUUGCACCUCAGCAGGCAAAGGGAAAUCCUGCAGCAUUGAAGCGGUCCUCAAGGCCACGUCACGCUUCCAGAGAUGGGUCCGCUCCAACGUACUGCUUCCCAGCAUGGUGAAGGGUCUGGUGACCCCGAUGCUGCGCUGUCCAUCUCAGAGGCUGCUGGACCGCAUUGUGCGACGCUACUUUGAAGUGACCGAUGUGGGUAGUGUGCAGAUGAAGCAUUUCAGUGAAAAGGACAAACUCAGACUUCUUUAUACCUUGGCUGUCAAUCAACAACCUUUCAUAAUGCAGAUGUUUCCCGGCGCGGAGGGCUGGCCCUUCCUCCGCUACCAUGGCUCCUGUGGAAGGAUGAUGGUCUGGGCAGGGAGCACACCCCUCAGGAUCCUGUUUUCCUCUCCGUUGGAGCGCCGUGCGGACAUCGCCUACCAGCUUCUUCACAUCACCCAGAGCCUGAGCUCCAACAGCCUCCAGUUCAGCCUCUUCUACACCAACAUCUCAGAGGACAUGUUUGGUACCUUGGAUGAUAACAGGGUCUUCAUUGUGGAUACCAGUAACAUAGGGAUCAUUGACUUGAAGGAAGGAUAUCCUCCUGAUGAAGACUUGUUACCAGAACACCUCGAUGUCUUCUCCGGUCUCAGUGGAUCUUGUGAAAGACUGCCUCCGUGUGAAACUGUUCAAGCCGCACAGAGUUUUGUUCUACUUUGCAAACAUGUCAUUAACAAUCUGCUCUUGCCCAAUGAUGUGCAGUCGGGUCAUCUUCCCAAAGAAGCGGUCAGUUUUCUCGCUAUCUGUGCAGACCAAUCUCAGUCUGACCAAAGAAUAAUUGCUGCGGUCCAAACCUUAAAAGACAUUUUACAGACAUUAAGGCCAUGCAGUGCUCUCUAUGGAUACAGGUAUCCCGAAUGCCUCUAUAAUGAUAAGUUCUAGACCAAAACUAGAUACUUAAGAGGGAUCUUUCACCCAGAAAUAACAUUUGUUAUCUUUUACUCACCCUCAAGUUGUUUCUAAACUUGUGACUUUUUCUUCAGUGGAACAUGGACUAAAUUAGAAAUAAAAUAUAAAAAUUAUUGUACAUACAAUGGAAGUCAAUGGUCUCCAGUCUUCUUCAAAAUAUCUAUUGUGUUUCGCAGAAGGUGGUCAUACAGGUUUGGAAUAAGAAAGUGAGUAAAUGACAGAAUUUUUGGGUGGACUAUCCCUUUAAGGCCGAUCACUUACAGCAUAAAGGUCACAGAUACAGUAAAUGAAAUGGAUUCUGUAACAUCAUCAGUAAUCAGUAUAUAUCCAGUGAAGGACCUUUUUUUAUCAAAACAAACAAACCUUGAAAUAUUAUGCAAAAAUAAAAACAAUUAUAUUAAAAUGUAUACAUUAUAAUUGAUGGACGAGACAAGGAAUUUCAUCACAAAAGAAUCAUUUAAUUACAAAGACAACUCUGAUUAGUAACCCAUAAACCAUAUCAAUCUUCAUGUUACUGUACAAUGCUCGCUAAGCAGUUUUAUUCAUGUAUAGAAAAUGUAAAAAGAGAAAUGUUCAAAAUGACAUUACUCCAUAAAAUUUAAUGGCAGGAACUCUGGAGAAAAAAAAAAAAAAACAACAA